GGAAGUAGCCCGGGUACCGACUGGCCACAGGCACCCUGGGCAUUGUCAGGACUCUGAGCCGGUGACGGGGAGCUGCUGUCCACCACCGGCCUUCCCCCCCACCCCAGCUUCAAGAUGCUGAGCCUGAAGCUGCCCCGGCUGUUUAGCAUCGACCAGAUGCCCCAGGUCUUCCAUGAGCAGGGCAUCCUCUUCGGCUACCGACACCCACAGAGCUCCGCCACUGCCUGUAUCCUCAGCCUUUUCCAAAUGACCAAUGAGACUCUCAACAUCUGGACUCACUUGCUGCCCUUCUGGUUCUUCGUGUGGAGGUUUGUGACCGCCUUGUAUGUGACAGACAUCCAGAAUGACAGCUACUCCUGGCCUCUGUUCGUGUACAUGGGCACCAGCUGUGUGUACCCCCUCGCAUCCAGCUGUGCACACACCUUCAGCUCCAUGUCCAAGAACGCCCGGCACAUCUGCUACUUUCUGGACUACGGGGCCGUCAACCUCUUCAGCCUGGGCUCAGCCAUCGCAUACUCGGCCUAUUCGAUCCCGGACGUGAUGGUGUGCAGCACAUUCCAUGACUACUACGUGCCCCUGGCCGUGCUGAACACCAUCAUCAGCACCGGCCUCUCCUGCUACUCCAGGUUUCUUGAAAUCCAGAAGCCCGGGCUCUGUAAGAUGCUUCGCGUCCUGGCCUUUGCUUAUCCCUACACCUGGGACUCCCUCCCCAUCUUCUACAGGCUGUUCCUGCUCCCCGGGGAGAGUGCGCAGAAUGAAGCCGUCCUGAACCACCAGAAGCACAUGGCCAUGACCCUCCUGGCCUCUUUCUUCUACUCUGCACACGUGCCAGAGCGCCUGGCACCUGGACGCUUCGACUACAUUGGUCACAGUCACCAGCUGUUCCAUGUGUGUGUGAUACUGGCCACUCACAUGCAGAUGGAAGCCAUACUUCUGGACAAGGCUCUGAGGAAGGAAUGGCUCCUGGCCCACUCCAGGCCCCUGUCUUUCCCUCAGAUAACUGGAGCCAUCCUUCUGUGCCUCAUCUUCAGCCUCAGCAACAUAAUUUAUUUCUCAGCUGCUCUGUAUCGGAUUCCUGAGCCAGAAUUACAUAAAAAAGAAACAUGAUGCAGACCAUGUGCUUCUCGUGCCAGAUGUCAACCUUAAGCUACAACAUCCUAACCACCAUAAGCCAGGGGCAGGGUGCCUGUUUCCAAAGGUCGAAAGUAUUCACAAUGGCUGAUGUCUUAGCAUUUUUGCGUGGGUUCAUGUCAAUAAGAUAUUGAACUGGGGAAAUUUCUCUAGAGGUGCACUGAUUCUAUAUUAUGAUUUUAAAAGGGGAAGAUGGGUUCAAGUAAGUCCUUGUUUGGGCAGAUUCUUAAUAUUUCAUUAAGUUUUAAAUUGAUUUAAAAUGGGUUUUUCAAUUCUCUUUAAACAGUUGGAUUAAGCAUACCACCCU